AAAGUCAUCUCUUACUGCCUCGUCAGAACUAAACAUUAAACCCUAAUCUUCUCAUUGUGUGUCAACUCACUCCGCAACCUUCCAAGCCGUCUCUUCUUCCUAAUCGCCGUCAAUGGAGGAAGUUUGUGAAGGAAAAGACUUCUCCUUUCCUCUUCAGGAGGAAAAGGUUCUUGAAUACUGGAAUUCAAUCAAGGCGUUCGAAACCCAAUUGGCUAAAACCCAGAGCAAUCCCGAGUACAUCUUCUACGAUGGCCCGCCCUUCGCGACGGGGUUGCCUCAUUACGGUCACAUCCUCGCCGGGACCAUCAAGGACAUCGUCACGCGCUAUCAGUCCAUGUUGGGGUUUCACGUGACGAGGAGAUUUGGGUGGGACUGCCACGGCUUGCCGGUGGAGAAUGAAAUUGAUAAAAAAUUGGGAAUUAAGAGGAGAGCUGACGUUUUGGAAAUGGGAAUUGAUAAGUACAAUGAAGCUUGCAGAAGUAUUGUUACCAGAUAUGUGGAAGAGUGGGAGCAGGUUAUUACACGAACGGGUAGGUGGAUUGAUUUCAGAAAUGAUUACAAGACGAUGGACUUGAAGUUUAUGGAGACUGUUUGGUGGGUGUUUGCGCAGCUUUAUGAGAGAGGACUUGUUUAUAGAGGGUUUAAGGUUAUGCCAUACAGUACUGGCUGUAAGACACCACUGUCUAACUUUGAAGCUGGUCAGAACUAUAAGGAUGUGCCUGAUCCUGAAAUAAUGGUGGCUUUUCCAAUUAUUGGAGAUCCGGACAAAGCAGCCUUUCUGGCUUGGACAACUACUCCUUGGACCCUUCCUAGCAAUCUUGCUCUCUGUGUUAAUGCUAAUUUUAAAUAUGUGAAGGUUCGAAACAAGUACACGGGAAAAGUCUAUGUGGUUGCUGAGUCUCGAUUGUCUGCACUGCCUACUGAGAAGCCUAAGUCUAAUGUAGCAAAUGGACCAGCUGGUGAUUCCAAGAAAUCGGGAUCUAAGGUAAAGGGAUCUACAGAUAAAAAGGCUCAAGAGGGAGACUUAGCAGGUGAUAAUGCAUCUUAUGAAAAGCUGGGUGAAUUUUUAGGUGCUUCGCUGGUAGGAAUGAAGUAUGAACCAUUGUUCGGUUAUUUCAAGGAGUUAUCUGAUGCGGCUUUUAGAGUUAUUGCAGACAACUAUGUUACUGAUGACAGUGGUACUGGGGUCGUUCAUUGUGCUCCUGCAUUUGGUGAAGACGAUUACCGUGUUUGCAUAGAAAGUGAAAUAAUUAGUAAGGGAGAAAACCUGGUUGUAGCAGUUGAUGAUGAUGGCUGCUUUAUUGAGAAAAUUACUGACUUUAGUGGCCAGUAUGUGAAAGAUGCAGAUAAGAAUAUUAUUGAAGCUUUGAAGGCAAAAGGGAGGCUCAUUAAGUCUGGAAGCUUUACCCAUUCUUAUCCCUUUUGUUGGAGAUCAGAUACUCCUCUCAUCUAUAGGGCUGUUCCGAGUUGGUUUGUGAAGGUGGAAAUGUUGAAAGAACAACUAUUAGAGAACAACAAGCAGACAUAUUGGGUUCCUGACUAUGUGAAGGAGAAACGCUUCCACAAUUGGCUGGAAAAUGCAAGAGACUGGGCUAUAAGCCGAAGUAGAUUUUGGGGCACGCCUCUUCCUCUAUGGAUCAGUGAAGAUGGUGAAGAAGUUAUAGUUAUAGAUUCUGUUGAAAAACUUGAAAAGCUUUCUGGUGUGAAGGUGUUUGAUUUGCACCGCCACAAUAUUGACCACAUUACAAUCCCUUCGAGUCGGGGUCCAGAGUUUGGUGUGCUUCGUCGCGUAGAAGAUGUGUUUGAUUGCUGGUUUGAGAGUGGUUCUAUGCCUUAUGCUUAUAUUCAUUAUCCGUUUGAGAAUGUUGAACUCUUUGAGAAAAACUUUCCUGGGAAUUUUGUGGCUGAAGGGCUAGAUCAAACUCGUGGAUGGUUCUAUACUCUCAUGGUGUUGUCUACUGCUUUAUUUGGGAAACCAGCAUUCAGGAAUCUCAUUUGCAAUGGCCUUGUCCUUGCUGAGGAUGGAAAAAAGAUGAGUAAAAAGCUCAAGAACUAUCCAUCACCUUCAGAAGUGCUUAAUGAUUAUGGUGCUGAUGCUUUAAGAUUGUAUUUGAUUAAUUCUCCAGUUGUGCGUGCUGAGACCUUGCGUUUCAAGAAAGAAGGAGUUUACAGUGUUGUCAGAGAUGUUUUCCUUCCAUGGUAUAAUGCAUAUAGGUUCCUCGUUCAGAAUGCAAAGAGACUUGAGAUAGAGGGAGGUGUAACCUUUGUUCCGGUUGAUCUUGGAACUCUUCAAAAGUCAUUGAAUGUGCUCGACCAGUGGAUCAACUCUGCCACACAGAGUCUUGUUUGUUUCGUUCGCCAAGAGAUGGAUGGAUAUCGACUUUACACGGUUGUUCCGUAUCUCUUGAAGUUUCUGGACAACCUUACAAAUAUUUAUGUGCGAUUCAAUCGUAAGAGACUGAAAGGCCGAACAGGAGAAGAGGACUGCCGCACAGCUCUUUCGACUCUUUACAAUGUACUUUUAACUUCUUGUAAAGUGAUGGCACCAUUCACACCAUUCUUCACUGAAGUUCUUUAUCAAAAUAUGAGAAAGGUUUGCAAUGAGUCGGAGGAUAGCAUUCACUUUUGCCGAAUUCCUGAAGAAGAAGGAAAGAGGGAUGAACAAAUUGAAAAAAGUGUUUCAAGGAUGAUGACGAUCAUUGAUUUUGCACGUAAUAUUCGAGACCGUCACAACAAACCAAUAAAAUCACCACUUAGGGAGAUGAUAGUUGUUCAUCCUGAUAUGGACUUUCUUGAUGAUAUAACUGGAAAACUCAGAGAGUAUGUGCUGGAGGAGCUCAAUGUAAGAUCACUUGUCCCAUGCAAUGAUACAUUGAAAUAUGCUUCUUUGCGUGCAGAACCUGAUUUUAGUUUGUUGGGUAAGCGACUUGGGAAAUCAAUGGGAGUUGUUGCUAAGGAAGUCAAAGCAAUGACUCAGGGAGAUAUCUUAGCUUUUGAGAAAGCUGGAGAAGUAACUAUUGCUACACACUGUUUGAAGAUGGCUGAUAUUAAGGUUGUGCGGGAAUUCAAACGUCCCGAUGGUUUGACUGAAAAGGAUAUUGAUGCUGGUGGAGAUGGUGAUGUUUUGGUGAUUUUAGAUUUGCGUCCAGAUGAGUCCCUUUUGGAAGCUGGUGUUGCUCGUGAGGUUGUUACUAGAAUCCAGAAAUUACGGAAGAAAGCUUCCCUUGAACCUACUGAUCUGGUGGAUGUUUACUUUGAAUCCUUGGAUGAAGACAAAUCAUUCUCGCAGCAAGUUUUGAAUUCUCAGGAACACUAUAUCAGGGAAGCAAUUGGUUCUCCAUUGCUUCCUGUCACCAUGAUGCCACCACACGUGGUCAUCCUUGGUGAGGAGAGCUUCCAUGGGAUAUCUAAAAUGUCGUUCAAGAUCAGCUUAGCGAGACCUGCUCUAGUUUUUGACUCAGAUGCUAUUCUUGCAUUAUGCUCAGGAAACACAAAGUUCAUGCAAGGUGUGCAAAUUUACUUGUUGUCGAGGGAUCAUUCUAAUCUGAAGUCUGAUUUUCAACGUGGAAACGGCAAGAUAGUAGUUAGUUGCAUUGAAAAUCAGCCCCCUGCAGAACUGGUGUUGGGAAAACAUGUGUUCUUGUCGGUUGGCGAAUACUAUUCGAGGACAAAAACAGGGUAAAAUCCGAUAUCAGUAACUCAUCUAUUUAAGUUGUAUACUAUAACUUUCUGCUUCAAAAUUUCCAAAGUCUAUUUAUUGACAAGAAGAAGAAAAGAAACUGAUGGGCUACAUUAGCCUGCUAAAGUAUCCGUGCUUGUUUUCAGUUGUAUAGUUGAAUAUACAAUAACACAGUAGAGGUAAAAUUAAUGAAUUUUGUUUGUUAUGAGUUGCAUUAUCGGGGAAAUACAAGUUUCAACAUUUUUAUACAUCAUUAUGUUUUCCGAUGGGUUUGCUAUUAUAAUAGCAGUGUAAUGUAAUGUAAUGUAUUGUGGGCACAUUUAUGGCGCAACUAAUGUUUUGGUUUUAUAUGUGUAAUCGUAGUCUCUGUAUACUCUUCAUCUCUUUCUCCGAAUUAUGUAAUCAAUUUUCAUACUUUUAAUACAAAUAAACAUCUUUCUCUUG